UACUAAGCUGAGACUGGUCGAGACUGUGAGUAUAGUAACACUGCAUUGCCCAGAUAUUGAGACUUGCAGGUUUCAGCUCACCUCAGCUGAACCCGAGCCUUGUUCAUAAACCAUUGCUGUCCCUCACCAUUGUCUUUAUACCAGUCCCUAACAACCAAAACAGUCAGUUAUACAUACCCUUAGCUUCAAAAUGGCCGACGAUGGUCCUCCUCUUAUUCGUCCCGUCCCUCGAAGACCCUUCGAUCUCAGUUUGACGACUCCUACACCACCAAGCGAGAACUCGUCUCCUCCAACUCCCGCGCCAGCUCCAGACCCCAACAUUGCGCGCUUCCUACAACCAACUCCCGAGCCUGCGAGUGCAGGUCUGAGCAGGCCACAGUCGUUCAUGAAUUUGACCUCCUCGACGCUCUUCGGAAUAUACUCUCCCACGACAUCCUCUUCGCGUGACCGUGUCUUUGCCGAUCGCGAUGAACUCGAUACACCUUGGGGAACAGGCGCUCAGACACCCAUCAAGAGACCUAGCAUCGACGACGCUACGUUUGAUUUUCUGAAGGAUCGAUCACACCAUAUUCGUCGCCGGUCCUCGAUUCGAAUUCAUGAACCCGCUGGGCCUUUAAAGCAUACCCCAUCUGGUGGUGCUCUAGUAUUAAGAGGACUGUUGCUUUUCGUCCUCGGCGUGGGAUAUGGCGUAUUAGUCACAUCGCGCUUCCACGAGUCGGACAGGCUUCCGUCUCGUGCUACGUAUAACUGGGGUCAUUUGACAUUUUGGGGUCUUGCUGGCGUUGCACUGGGCGCGCUGUUUCCUUGGUUCGAUCGAGUAUGGGAGAAUUCGUUCGGCGACAAGGAGGACGAAGCUGUGUUAGAAAACAGUGCUUCAACGAAAGAUGACGACCCAAGCACUGACUGGGCGCUUGCUGUCCGGGCUAUCGGCGCCUUUGUCGGAAUUGUUUUCGCCAUUCGCAAAGUGGCCUGGGCGUCCACCCUUCAGGUGUCACUGACCUUGGCACUUGUUAAUCCCCUCCUAUGGUGGCUUAUCGAUCGCUCCAAGCCUGGUUUUCUUCUCUCAGCUGCGGUUGGGCUAGCAGGGUCGGUUGUGCUUCUCGGCGUGAACCCAGAUAUGAUGCCGGCACCUACUCAGGUUCCGUUCAGACAUUUGGUUAAUGCCACAAUGGCAGCCGAUGGAGAUAUGCCCAUUCUCGGUGGACUCGCCCGGCAGAAGACGCUCGAGACGGGCAUGUGGAUGUUGAGUGUGCUUUUCUGCAGUUGUGUCUGCUUUGGAAAUAUCGGUCGUCGACUUACCCUCGGGCCAUCGACAACAGCCAAGGGGCGCUGGGCCGGAGUGAGAUGAUGACAAGCGAGAAGCUGAUCUGAUGUGCAAUCAGCUGUAGUGGUCUUUUCACAUUCUGAGCAUGAUGCGUCUAUGAUAUCCUUUUCGUUUGGGCGACAAUCAUGGGCAGGUAUAUAUUGGGCGGGUUUAUUGGACAAUGGGAACGGGAGGUAUGUGUAUAGUUAUCGAGAUUGGAUAAGGGCAUUUUGCAGAUCAUAAGGGAUGAUAUGAUGGCUUAGUUUACCGAUAUGGUCUGUUUAUGACGACAACUAUUCUGCUCUUCUGUUCUCCUGAAUAGAAUAGCAUGGGUAGAUAGGCUAGGCUUAAAUGGCUAAGGAAUGAUAAUGCCAUUUCAUUCUACGUUUCAAUUUCUAAAAGCAAAUUCACGAAUCUGUCACGAUAUGUUGUUUCUUUUUAUCGUUCAGAUAUCUUAGCUGUAGACCCAAUCUGCUGAACUAGCCAUCUCGUACUAUCGAGUUGAAGCU